GCCCCGCAGGUGAAGAUGGAGGCCAUCAAGAAGAAGAUGCAGAUGCUGAAGCUGGACAAGGAGAACGCCUUGGACCGGGCUGAGCAGGCAGAGGCUGAGCAGAAGCAGGCAGAGGAGAGGAGCAAACAGCUGGAGGAUGAGCUGGCGGCCAUGCAGAAGAAGCUGAAGGGGACGGAGGACGAGCUGGACAAAUACUCAGAGGCCCUGAAAGAUGCCCAGGAGAAGCUGGAGCUGGCUGAGAAGAAGGCAGCAGAUGCUGAGGCAGAAGUUGCGUCCUUGAAUCGCCGUAUCCAGCUGGUAGAGGAGGAGUUGGACCGAGCCCAGGAGCGUCUUGCCACAGCUCUGCAGAAGCUGGAGGAGGCAGAGAAAGCUGCAGAUGAGAGUGAAAGAGGCAUGAAAGUGAUUGAAAACAGAGCUCUGAAGGAUGAAGAGAAGAUGGAACUGCAGGAGAUCCAGCUCAAGGAGGCCAAGCACAUUGCAGAAGAGGCUGACAGGAAAUAUGAGGAGGUUGCCCGGAAACUGGUGAUCAUUGAAGGAGACUUGGAGCGCACUGAGGAAAGGGCUGAGCUUGCAGAGUCUCGUUGCCGGGAAUUGGAUGAACAGAUUCGAUUGAUGGACCAGAAUGUGAAGUGUCUGGCUGUUGCUGAAGAAAAGUACUCUCAAAAAGAGGAUAAAUAUGAAGAGGAGAUUAAGAUCCUGACAGACAAACUUAAAGAGGCGGAGACCCGUGCAGAAUUUGCUGAACGAUCAGUAGCCAAACUGGAGAAGACCAUUGAUGACUUGGAAGAUGAGCUCUAUGCACAGAAACUGAAGUACAAAGCUAUUAGUGAGGAAUUGGACCACGCCCUCAAUGAUAUGACUUCCAUAUAAAUCUGUGAUUCCAAACUCCACUUUGGAUUUGCCUCUGCCUCUGCUUGGUGGCUUGUUCUGCAUCUGCACUCUUCACUAUGCUCUUUCUGCUACUCUCUGAAUUCCAGUGCCCUUGUCCAGUUAGGCUGUAUGCAGGGCAUCCCUGGGAAUAAACACUGAAUGCACUGAAACUCAGGAGCAGUUGUGCUGCAUUUGCCCUCAAACAAAGCUUCCUCUGUAUGACCUAUUGUGCCAGACACUGCUGUGCUCAGAGGGGCUCCUGUUUCAGUAUGUCUGGGUACAGGGGCUGAGUGUAGCAGGGGGUGUUUUUGUUCUCAUCUGCAUAUUUCAUGUAGAGUCAAAAGCUCCUUUUGUACUUCCUAUUGCUUGAGCAUGAUGUCACUCUAAGGAACAACUUGAUGUAUACAUUGAUGAUGAGUGAAAUGGCUGGUGCUGCUGAGCCAUGGAUUUCUGGACUUGCUGCCUGAUGGUAACAGUUUGUUGCCUCCAGGCCCAUGUAACUCCCCUGUGUCCGUGGAAUAUAUAGACAUUGAUGCACGAAGUUCUUCCUUCUGCUGUUUAUGUUCUUGGCUCACAUGUCUGAAUUGCGUAUCUGCAAACAAUACAAAGUGCUGAGUGCUCCAAAGGACUGAAUGGUUCCUUGGAGUUGUAGCAGGAAAUCUGAAGCUGCAUUUGUAUCCUGGUCUUGGUAGUUAAUGGCUUUAUCACACCUGAUUCCCCUUUAGGAUGCAGUCAGCAUUGGAGCAAUCAAAUGCUGGCUCACUGUGAAGUCACUAUGUACACCUUGUCUGCUUUACCCUGGUCAGUGAUCCACUUGGCUGGAUGCGAAAGUUAACAAACAUAGGAAAGCACAUAUAUGAAUUCCAGCUGGACAGGAUUGGUCAGAUGCUAAAGCUGUACCAGUAGCUGCACUGAAUUUUACUUGUGUGGAGACCAAGAUCCUGGCUUCUGUAGUGCAAAAUGUCCAUCUGAGGGGUGUAGAAGCUAAUGUAGGAAAUCCAUACAUGCCUCUUGGCCAAAGUGCUUGGACUGCAGAUAUGGGGGAGUGUAGUGCUGGGUUCACAGCUGGUGGUAGGAACCAGUCAUGCUGCAUACAGACAUGUCAUUUGACUUGCACAAGUUACUAGAACUCUUGGAUUAUGAACACUACCCAGGUUGACAUAAUCGUGUCUGUGGCUCACCAAAUCUCUCUCCUUUCCUGUUCCUCAAAUUUUCACUUUGUCCUGGAAGUCCUGGUGUAAAGUCCAAACAUAACCCUUCAUGAGCCAGAUCUUGGUAACUGAGGCUAUGUACUCUGUAGUUCAGAAGACCCAGAAGACUUGCCCCAGCCUGCUCUCACUUUACUCUACUCUUCAGCUAUGUAGCCCCUUCCAGUUCACUCAGCUGGCUUACAGCAGCUCCCAGUCAGGAUGGUACCAUUGCAAGGAGCUGUGCAAACACAGUAAGAGUCUCUGCCCUGAAAAGGCUACAUGCUGACUUGUUGGGAAGCAGCUGUAGUGGCUUGAAGCUUUGAGAUGCUGAAGUUUGCCUGUUGCAUCAUAUGAAGACAUUGGCACUUGUAACCUUCAUGGAAGCCACCUUUAGUGUUUCUCAAACACACUUCCAACCACCCCAGUGUAAUAAAGCACAAGUAACUAGUCAUCACACUGAAAUCUUUGCCCUUGGAAACAUUCCCCGCUUGUCUGUCACCACUCCUGAAGGGAUGAGGUUCAAAGUGCCAUUGCUUCCUGCCCUUGACCUAAACGUUCUCACUUUGGGCUGGGAGGCCAAGAAACCGCCACUUCCAAUAACUUGUAUUGAAAUCAACAGCUCCAAGUAGCUCCCCUGGGGUCUGACUUUUCAAUGUAAAUUGAAACCUCCAGGGACUGGGGUGUCAGCAGGCCCCCUCCCGGCCAGUCAUGCUAGAUAUCACCUGCCAGUAGUGUUCUGAAUGGAUGCUUGGGUGCUGCAAUUCCUGGCCUGGGGUUGUGAAAGCUUUGUGGCCCAACCAGCUUGGUUGGCACAUGCACAGGUAGGCUGACAUGAGGACUAGGCUCAGCAGCUCUCCACAGAGUGGCCAGUGGAGAAAGUGACUGAAAGCCGCCUGCAAUGCUGGUGAGAGCCGCAAGGCCACCCUUGCAAGGCUGGGGGUGUUUCAUACCAGUCUAGCUGAAAUCAUGGGCUCAAGAACAAGUGCUGUCUAGCUACUGGAUUCUCCUCCCUUGGGUCUGGGCAGUAAAUAAAUGGGGGGGAGGAAUCCAUUUGGUUCCUCCCUCUGCUCCCCAGUAUGGAGAUGGCUCUGGCAGUCACCAUAAAGCCCUUCUCUGGCUCCACCACUAAAGGCCACAGGCAGUUACACUCACACUGGCAUUACAUGUUCAUGCUUUGCUCACCAGGGCACACUCAGACCUCACCAGGGUGACCAGUCUGCCCAACCAAGGGCUGAAGUGGCAGCCUGUUCUGUUUCAAGGCAGUCUGGGCUCCUGGCAGAGUGGGUCCCAGCUCCCCAUCCUCCUCUGAGAAGGGGGUGUCAGUGUGCUGGGACCUGUAGUCUAGGCUCUAUUAGAGGCCCCCUCUAGAAGACCAUAGCAUUCAGAGCACACAGCAAACACAGCCCUGCCCCCGGAAAUCUUGUCAUGGGGGACUGGCUGUAUUGGUUCCAGGUGUGGGGGCGUCUAUAGAGGCUCCAAUUAAAACUGGGAGAUUCUUGUGCUACUGUAAUCUGCUGGUCCAAGUGCCUGGGUACUGGGGACCACCACAGUGGCUGUCCAGGCCAGAGCCAUUAUGAAACCGUCUCCAUGGUCUUGAUGUCCUAACAUUAGGCUGAAGAUUAACUAGCUCAAAGAGCAGUUUGAGGGCAGAGAACACCUGUAAACCCCUAGAACAGUUCCCCUGAAGCAUGUUGCUUGAUUCAGGAGGUGAGCAAGAGGAUAGCUAGUGACUUCCCACUGACCCCAGGAUGCUGACAGGAACCUGGAAUUCCAUUCUCAAGGUGGGGUUUCAGUGGGGCUAGGAGGAGCUUGCCAUUGUCAGGCCUGCUGACUUGCCUCUCUGUAAGGGCCACAUUUUAAGGGCCUGCACUUGUACUAGGCUAGCAGCUUCUACUGACCAGUGCACACCUGUGUGAUCUUAAUGGUACAGUGCAGCUGAACAAAACCAUGCCCCCCCCCAUCCAUCCUUCCUUCCCCCAGCAAGAGGGAGUGCUGGGAGCACAGGAGUCCCUUGAGGCAGUCUAUCAAGAGAUGACUGUCCUGUGUGUGGGGUGGGAAGGUGUUUAAUCAGAGGGACUCAAGAAAGCAGUGAGCAAAGCCUGUUAAGUUACUGGGAAGGACCUAUGCCUGAGCUGGGCUCUCUUGCUACCCACAGGACCAGUCUGGUGGUUAGCUUGGCUAGUUGUGCUCUGAUAGCACAUAGCUUUGGAGCCCACUGGUCUGGUUUUGGAAAGUUGGCAGGCUCCCAUGAACUGGCUGCUGCUUGAGAAGAUCUGAGACCCUUGCUCGGAGACUUCCAGCGUCUCAGUCUGUGGUGCUGCUGGGUGCAGGGCUGGCAGGUCUCCCUCGGCACUUCUGUGGUGGAUCAUCCUGCUAUUGGUUCUGUGUUCAGCAGCAGGGUCCUGGAAUCUACCUCUGCUCCUCAGUUAGCUUUGAAAGCAGAUGAGGCUUUUGGUCCUGUGUCCAUGUUAUAAACCCAUCAUGAGUUGCUAAGCAUGACUUACUGGCAGUCAUGGACCGUGACUGCUGUCCUGCAUCCUUUCUGAGGGACACUGGGGAGCUGCCAGUGCUCAUCAGUUUCUGGUCACAUGGCUGCACUGUAAGCAAAUGGGGUUGCCUGAGUGCUAGUCUUGAUCUAGCCAUGUCCUUCCUGAAUUGUUCAGAGUCCAAAGGGUGUAUCCAAAGGCUGUCCUGUUCCUGGGCAUAAAGAACACCCAUUACCCUUCAGGCUUCAUUUUCCAGGGACAAUCCAUCUUCCUUCCUGUGCCUCCAUAAGCCCUCAUAGGACUCCUACUCUGGCCACACUUGGCUUCUACCACAGGCUUUCUGAGCUGAAAAGCAAGUCAGCAGUGCUGGUCUCCUGUCUCCAUGCCUCUGUCCGUAAAAACAAGCUGUGACUUAUCUCUAAGCCCCACAUGUUAGGGACAGGUUGUAUGACUUGCUCAUCUUGGUACUCUACUAACCUUCCCUUUCUCUUUUUCUCUCUUCCUCUUGUUUCCCCUAAUCCUCCUCCUGUUGCUGAUGCAGAGCGCCUGUACAG